AUGGUUAUCUUUAUAUAUCUUGUAACCUUAUUCUUUUUAUUUUAUACUGCUGAGUGUACUAAUAUUACAGAUUUUAACUCUGUAAAUCAAACCUAUAAUUGUAUUAUAAAUGAAGGACAUAUUUGCAUUGAUUCCACAUAUGUAAAAUUAAACCAAGGUUUGAAUCCUGGAAGUUACCUCAUUCUAAGCUGUCCAAUCAAUUUUGUUGGAGAACAAAACCUAAAUCCACUUAUACAAAUACAAGGAUAUACUCAAGAUAAUGUAACAGGUGUUAUUUAUAAUAUCAAUACAAAUUAUGCAAGUAUCCUAGAUUUACAUUGGUCUCUAACUUAUUCCACUGGUUUAUAUCCUGAUAACCUUGUAUUUGGACUAGGAGACAUUAUACAUUUUGCUAUAGGCCUUGAUACUAAUACUUAUUUAUCUAUUGUUGUAAAUUCUCAAUUUGUUGUUAAAUUACCCUUUAAACAAACACAAUCUCUUGUUGCAUUCAAAGUUACGAAAAUUGAAUUCUGUACUUGGAGAUAUGAGACGACUUUAACUAUACCAAACACUAAAACAAUGAUUGCAGAUAUACUUACUGAGACAACUCAAUCCAUAGGGAAUCAUACUGAUCAUAUUAUUCAUCAAUAUCAAGACACACAUAAUCAUCUAGGAGACCUAAAUAUGAAUAAAACCCAAACAAAUAACACUACUGAUAUUAAUUCUAAAUUUAUUAAAUUAAAACAACUUAAAAAAGCAGUAGAUAUUGAGUAUUCUGGAAAAGUAGAUCAGAAUUCUAAUUAA